UUAUUUUUUCCCGUCACUUUACUCUUUUUGUUGAAAAAGUUGAAAUAUAUACAGUAGUAUUUCUCAUUUCCGGUCCAGAUCUGAUCCCAAAAACCACACAGGUUCAGCUUUUAGAAUAUCAAAACAGAGAUCAUGGGUCGUGGUGUCAGCAGUGGAGGAGGACAAAGUUCACUCAACUACCUUUUCGGUAGUGCAGGUGAGCCAAAGCCCGCCACAGUUGCCACAGGCAAUGCAGAGGCCCAAGCACUGGCUGCACCGAGCCAGGUCAAUGUUGCGGCUGUCAGCGAGCCGACUCCUAAACCUGUGGCGGCUGUAACACCGCCAGAUAUCACAAAACAGGUUCCAGCUGGCAUCCAGAGUAGCAAGCUUAACAACUAUGUCCGGGCUGAUGGUCAGAAUACUGGCAACUUCCUCACGGACCGUCCUUCAACCAAGGUUCAUGCUGCUCCAGGGGGAGGAUCUUCCUUGGGUUACCUGUUUGGCGAUGGGAGCACUUGAUAUCAUCGUUUGUAAAAUAUAAAAUUUCAAGUAUUGUUUGUUGUUGGUUUGAAUCCUUGGUGUGGUUUGAAGAUUAGAAAUCCUUGUUUUGUUGCGACUUUGACAUUGAGAAUUGUAAUCUAUGUUAAUUUUAAUCUCAGAUGGUCUUUCUACAAAA